AAAGAAAGAGAAACUGUUGAAGAAGAAAGCUCAGAGGCGCGACGAGGAAGAAAGAAAGUGGGGUUAUUCACUUAUUCCUCGUAAUUACAGUCGCAAUCGAGUCCACAUUAAUCAGCUGAAAAGGGGGGGUUUCAGGGUUUUUCAAGAGAAGAGAGAAGAAAGCAAUGAGUGACGCAUUUUGCUCAGACUGUAAGAAGCAGACGGAGGUUGUGUUCGACCAUUCCGCCGGAGAUACAGUCUGCUCCGAGUGUGGGCUUGUGCUCGAAUCUCACUCUAUCGAUGAAACCUCCGAGUGGCGUACCUUCGCGAACGAGUCCGGUGAUAACGACCCCGUUCGUGUCGGUGGUCCGACGAACCCUCUUCUUGCCGACGGUGGUCUCACCACCGUAAUCUCGAAACCUAAUGGUUCCUCUGGAGAUUUCCUCUCAUCCUCCCUUGGUCGCUGGCAGAACCGUGGAUCUAACCCCGAUCGUGGCCUCAUUGUCGCGUUUAAGACAAUCGCCACCAUGGCUGAUAGGUUGGGCCUUGUGGCGACCAUCAAGGACCGAGCCAACGAGAUAUAUAAAAGGGUAGAGGAUCAGAAGUCAAGCAGAGGCAGAAAUCAGGAUGCUCUUUUGGCUGCUUGUUUAUACAUUGCUUGUCGGCAAGAGGACAAGCCACGAACAGUCAAGGAAAUAUGUUCUGUUGCCAAUGGAGCUACUAAGAAGGAGAUCGGUCGUGCGAAGGAAUAUAUAGUCAAACAGUUGGGGCUUGAAACCGGAAAAUCGGUUGAAAUGGGGACGAUCCAUGCCGGAGAUUUUAUGAGACGUUUUUGCUCCAAUCUUGGUAUGACCAACCAAACCGUAAAAGCGGCUCAAGAAUCUGUACAGAAGUCAGAGGAGUUCGAUAUAAGGAGGAGUCCCAUAUCAAUUGCAGCAGCGGUUAUAUACAUCAUAACACAGCUCUCUGAUGAGAAGAGGCCUCUUCGAGAUAUAUCCGUGGCAACUGGAGUCGCAGAAGGAACUAUAAGAAACUCUUACAGAGAUCUCUACCCUCACCGUCCCAAGAUCAUACCAGCUUGGUACGCUAAAGAAGAGGAUCUCAAGAACCUUCAAAGCCCUUGAGUUGCUCAUCUUCUUUUCUCUUACUCGUUACCUCUAAUAUAUCAAGUCAAGUUUCGAUUGGAAUCUUGGGUUAUAGAGUGAUUUGUUCCAGAAGUGCGACUCGAGCCACGCUUGAACAAGAGUUUUCGAGUAGAUUUUUGUAUCCAGGAAAAAAAAAUCUUUAUAAUUAUAACAAAAAGAGCUUGUUCUUAUACUAUAACUGUGAGAUGGUAUUUUUACAUCAUUUAACCAUUAACUACAUCUUAAUCAUUGGAG